CUGACAGAAAACCAGUCCAGUACAACAUGAAAGGUCGAACCGCACUGUCCAUCCUUCUGGAGCUGAGUUGAGUUGGUGUUUUGUAUAGGUUUUCCACUGAUAACGGUGCUUUACCCAUGACCACACCAACGAGCAGUUUGGUGGAUAAACGAGUGUCUGUCUAGAUUUUUUUUUUAAGGAAGACACUUUCCAAACGAUACCGAUUAAUUAUUAGAUAUCGACAUACCAACGUUUUUACGUGGCAGAUUGUGAAGGUAGAAAAUAUGCCAGCAGUGAGAUGUUUACAGAAAGGCAGCGAAACCCGAAGCAGCAUCUGUUGGUGAUUUACAUUUUGGUUGAAAUAUUAGCGAUCGUCUGGGUGGCAAAUGGGCUACCUCAGCUUCAACAGCAACAGGUAGCGGCAGAUGAGGCGCGGAAUACUAGCGGAACUAAUGUUCGGAACAGUGAUUAUGAGUACCAGUAUGUACAAAAUUGGCCCAAAUUGGAUAGAAGACUCGGAUCAGUAUCCGCCGUGGCAUUCGAUGCUGAAAGGAAUGUAGUUGUCUUCCAUCGAGGUCCCACCGUGUGGAAUAUAUCGUCGUUUGAUCAGAAAAAUCGGUAUACCUUCACCAACGCUGGACCAAUCGUCGAGUCUACCCUAUUGAGAUUCAGCAGCGAAAGUGGUGAUCUGCUGAACGAGUAUGGUGCUAAUUUCUUCUACAUGCCCCACGGCCUCACAAUCGAUAAGAACAAUCACUAUUGGGUGACAGAUGUUGCGAUGCAUCAGGUUUUCAAAUUCGAUCUGACGGUUUCCAGCAGCAAACCGGUUCUUACGCUCGGUCACCGCUUCGAGCCCGGAACCGGCCCUACAAGUUUCUGUAAACCGACCUCGGUGGCUGUGCUAGAGAAUGGAGACUUCUUCGUAGCCGAUGGGUACUGCAAUGGACGCAUCAUGAAGUUCUCCCCAGACGGCCAGUUGAUUCUGAGUUGGGGAAAAAACUCAUUCGUACUUACCCGGACGUUUAAUUUGCCUCCGGGGCCGGUGCCGGCGAACUUCCUUGCCAUACCCCAUGCACUAACCUACGCUGCAGAUAAGGAUCUUAUUUGUGUGGCUGACCGCGAACAAGGUCGCAUCCAGUGCUUCCAAGCCCAAAAUGGGACAUUCCAUUCCAUGUACAGCAACGACCUGAUAGGCAGCCGUUUGUUCAGCGUUAAGUAUCUUCCUCUUAAUGGUGGACUAUUUUACAUCAUCAAUGGCCCACAGUUCACAUCAUCGCAGCCAAUCAAUGGACUGAUUAUGUCGAUGAACAACAGCGAGAUUGUAGGACGAUUUUACCCGGACACCCCUCAGCAUGCCUUCAGCAAUCCCCAUGAGCUCGUCAUUAGCGACGAUGGAAGCGAAAUCUAUGUGGCCGAGUUACUUCCGACCAAGGUUCAUAAAUUCAAGCGGAAAGGAACACCAGUGCAAGCCGCCAAAGUCACCAAAUCCAUCGAAUAUCAUCGAAUGCCUCCGACGCCGGCUGCCGACAGUCUCUACGCCAGUGGCUUGACCAUGGUGUCAAUCGUGGCCAGUCUGAUAGGGACCAGUUGUUUGGUUCUGUGUGUUUCGCGUACUUUGUGCUUUAAAGCAUCCAGUGGGGGUGGAGGAAGGAGACAGAGGUUUUCCACGGCUAGCGAGAAUAUUGCUCUCCAUCGCAUGGAUCGAGAUCGCGGUGAUGAGGGCGAUGCGUAGAAGGAAAACCGCCCUACUAAUGUUUAACAUUCCGUCCGAAGAUCGUUUGUUAGCACACUCAGUGUGAUGGUUGUUUCGGGGGAUUUGAGUAGUUGUACGAAUAAGCUGAACUUGCUACAUGAUUAGACUGACGAACACCUUAGUACCUAUUUAUUAACAUAUGAAUAAAAGUUAGUUAACGAA